UGGGUUAUCUUGUAAAUGCCAAUAAACACGCUCACAUGCGGAUGUUUCAGGUAUGAACUGGGCGCCGGUCUGUAUCUGGGAUGGGCGGCUGCAGCUCUGGCUAUAUUGGGCGGAGGAAUCCUCUGCACUUCCUUCAAGAGUUCAAGACCUGCCAAAACACGGGGUCACGACUAUAACUACAGCUCUUCACAGCCGCAGAAGAAGAUCUACAGAUCAGCGCCGGCGUCAGAAAACAGCACCUCUAAAGCUUAUGUCUGAGCCUCUCAUUUUAGCUUUCAUUUUUUUGUACAUGGAAAUGUGUAUUUUUUUAGUACUUGCAUUUUAGAAGUCGAACGAAUUGAGCUUACUUCAUUGACUGAAUGUGCACCAAUAUUUAGCGUUGAUUUCGUAAUGAGUUCAUUAUUUCAUAAUCUUGCAUUAAAAAUGUAUAUAACUUUCUCAGCUUAUAUGAAAAGACUUCAGUUUUAAAGUUUCAACUAGCAGAUGCUGGCAGUGUUUCAGAAUUAGAUCAUCUAUAAUUCACUGCAUGUAAAAUAUCAGCUUUGACUCGAUUCUGAUACGAAACACUCACUUUACGGUGGAGUUAUUAUAGUGAACUAAAACUGAAGCCAAGAUCUUUGAAAAAACUGAAAUAAAAUAUUUUGCCUGUAACUUAUUUUUUUUCAGCUAGUU